GAGCCACUGCACCUGGCCAAGAAGAAAAAUUAUCUCUGUUUGCCUAUUGAUUUUCUAUGUAAAGAACCCUAAGGAUUCUACAAAAAAUUGUUAGAGCAAAUAAACCAAUCCAGCAAAGUUACAAGAUACAAAAUCAACACGCAAAAAUCAGUUGCAUUUAUAUACAAUAGCAAUAAACAUUCCAGAGAAAAGAAUAUCAUUAUAAUAGCAUCAAAAAGAAUAAGGCACUUUAGAAUAAAUUGAUCCAAGAAGGUGAAAGACUCAUACACUGAAAAUGAUAAAACCUUGCUGAAAGUAAUUAAAGAAGACAUAAAUAAAUGAAAGACAUCCUAUGUUUAUGAAGGAGGACUUAAUAUUGUUAUGAUGUCAAGACUAUCCAAAGCAAUCUACAGAUUCGAUGUAAUCCUUCUGAAUAUUCCAAUGGCACGUCUGAUUUUCUUUCUGAAAUAGAAAACUCAUUUUAAACCUCAUAGGGAAUUUCAAGUCACCCUCCCUGAAUAAUCAAAACAAUUUUGAAAAAGAAGAAAAGAGUUGGAGAACUUGGCCGGGCAUGGUGGCUCAUGCCUGUAAUCCCAGCACUUUGGGAGGCCAAGGCAGGUGGAUCACGAGGUCAGGAGAUUGAGACCAUCCUGGCUAACACAGUGAAACCCUGUCUCUACUAAAAAUACAAAAAAAUUAGCCAGGCGUGGUGGCAGGCACCUGUAGUCCCAGCUACUCGGGAGGCUGAGGCAGGAGAAUGGCGUGAACCCGGGAGGCAGAGCUUGCAGUGAGCUGAGAUCAUGCCACUGCACUCCAGCCUGGGCAACAGAGUGAGACUCCUGUCUCAAAAAAAAAAAAAAAAACAACAACAGGCCAGGUGCAGUGGCUCACACCUAUAAUCCCAGCACUUUGGGAGGCUGAGGUGGGUGGAUCUCUUGAGGUCAGGAGUUCGAGACCAGCCUGGCCAACACGGUGAAACUCCAUCUCUACUACGAAUACAAAAUAGCUGGGCAUGAUGGCGUGCACCUGUAAUUCCAGCUACUCGGGAGGCUGAGGCAGGAGAGUCACUUGAACCCAGGAGGCAGAGGUUGUAGUGAGCCAAGAUCACGCCACUGCAUUCCAGCCUGGGUGACAGAGUGAGACUCUGUUUCAAAAAAAAAAAAAGGAAAAGAAAAACCGAAAACUGUGAUACUGGCAUAAGGACAGACAUCGAGAUCAAUGGGGUGGAAUAGAGGGCCCAGAAACAAACCCUCACAUCAGUGGUCAGUUGAGUUUUGAAAAGGGUGCCAAGAUGUGCUGGGCACAGUGGCUCACACCAGUUAUCCUAAUACUUUGGGAGGCUGAGGCAGGAGGAUCACUUGUGGUCAGGAGUUUGAGACCAGCCUGGCCAACAUGGCAAAACCUUGUCUUUACCAAAAAUACAAAAAUUAACCAGGCAUGGUGGCAGGCGCCUAUAAUCCCAGCUCCUUGAGAGGCUAAGGCAGGAAAUUUGCUUGAACCUCGGAGGCAGAGAUUGCAGUGAGCCGAGAUCGCACCACUGCACUCCAGCCUGGGACCCAGCGAGACUCUGUCUCAAAAAAAAAAAAAGAAAAAGAAAAAAGAAAACUAUACAUUUUCUUACAUGUAUACAUCUGUCUUUCAUAUACUUGUAACUCAGAAAACCAUGCUUUCACAAAUAUAAUAAUAGAAAUACAAUAAUAUUGGCAAUCAUGACAUUCGUGAAACUGUAAAGAAUAAACUGGCCAGAUGCUGUCUCUUACACCCUAGAACCCAGGAUCUGGUCAAAGCUUCUCUUGGUUAUAUGAACUCACUUCAUGGACCUGUCAUAAGGCUCAAAAGAGAUACUGUAAUCAAAAGCAUCUUGUAAACUGCAAAAGCCUGUAGAUAUGUGGUUCAUCUAAAUCCAGGCACUUCAAUGACUGAUAGCUGCCCCCCCAGAACCUCCUUUCUCGAUUCUUAACAUAAACAACUUACAUUUCCAAGUCCAGUUCAAAAGUUAUAUUCUGCGCUAUGGGACCCUUGGGUGGGUGAGGUAUGCAAGAUAAUUUUGGGUGGUGCAGGGUGAAUAAUUUCAAUUGACAUAAAAAUGUGUUUACCUUACUGGGUAAAUCAGGGGUCCCCACCUGUUAGGAACCAGGCUGCACAGCAGGAGGUGAGCAGCCAGCCAGGGAGCAAAGCUUCAUCUGUAGAAACAGCCGCUCCCCAUCCCUCACAUUACCGCACGAGCUCUGCCACCUGUCACAUGAGUGGUGCCGUUACAUUCUCAUAGAACCCAACUGUGAACUCAGCAUGCCAAGAAUCCAGAUUGCGUGCUCCUUAUGAGAACCUAAUGCCUGAUGAUCUGUGACUAUCUCCCAUCACCUCCCGAUGGGACCAUGCAGUUGCAGGAAAACAAGCUCAGGGCUCCCACUGAUUCUAUAUUAUGGUGAGUUGUGUAAUUAUUUCAUUAUAUAUUACAGUGAAAUAAUCAUAGAAAUAAAGCACACAAUAAAUGUAAUGGGCUUGAAUCAUCUCUGCAUCAUCCCUUCCCCUUCUCCCAGGUCCGUGGAAGAGUUGUCUUCAAGAAAACUGCUCUCUGGUGCCAAAAAGUUUGGGGACCGCUGGUGAAAACGUUUCUAAGAAUAGUCAAGCAACUUAAGCUUUACAUGCUACGAAGUAUACAGGUUUAAAUGCUAAUAAAAAUAGGUGCAAAUGAAAACACUCUUUCUGUGGUCCAGGGAAUCUUAACCAUUCUAUCAGAAAGACUUGCAGCUUGGAGCUGCAGCUGCCCUCCCACAUCCUUCCCACUGUAAAGCCCUGCAACACACACACACACACACACACACACACGCACAUGCAUACACAUGCAUAUACUUGCAGACACACAUGCACACAGAUACACAUACAUAAAUACAUUCCCAUGUAUAUACCUGCACACACACAUACAUACGUACACAUGCAUAUAAAUGCGCACACACACAGACACACACACACGCUGUGCUUCAUGCCCUCACUAGGGUGGCCUGGGAGGAAAUGCGUGUUUUUAGGAGAAAUGAAGACAACUGAGGCCCCUCAUUCUCCUGGUGUUUGCACAAGAGCCUUCUCUGCAGACCAUGCUCCAGUCUCUUUCUUGGUUCUCCCUGUUACUGAAAGAGAGAAGCAGAGGCCCGGCACAUACUCAGCUGCUUAGGGCUCAAGCCAAGUUCGCAAGCUUCCUGGGGAGCCUAGUGAGAUGAAGGCACUGCAGAGCCUCCCCAAAAGAGGCGUCGGCUUUUCAUGGAUCCUUGAGCCCAGGAAGGCGAUGGGUCAGACAUCACACUUCAUCAGAAGACCCGAGCAAACUCCGGUGAGAAAGGGCAAUGGUCAAAGAUUUUAUUCUCUCGGAGAAGGGGUUCUCGGGCUGUAAGCAGCAGGCAGAAGACUUUAUUGCAUGCGUAGUUAGGUGAUGGCGACCUACGGUUUUCACUGGGGACUGGGAUCGAGAGUGACCCGACCUCCUACUCACGCUCGUCUCUCCCUGUCUCUCUCUUUGCCUUUUGUGUCUCUCCCUAUCUCUUGCUCCUUUUCCUCUCAGCCUCCUCUGUCUCUUUCCUUAUCUCUCUUCCUCUCUCUCCCUCACUCCUUCUCCCCAUCUCUCUUUCUCUCUCCUUCUUUUCCACUUCUCUCUCCCUCCCCAUCUCUCUGCCUGCCACUGUUCAGGCUCCUGGGGCCCCACGUGGGUGGGUGGACACAGGACUCCUAGGCUAUCUUUCACAGCGCAAGCAGAGGGCUGCAGGACCUUGGUCCCCACCUCCCAGCAUCCUCAAAAUGAGGGGUGUGGGGUGUGCCUGUGCUCUCCUGGGUGGGAACCCCACACUCCAGGAAAUAGAAACCGCAGGUCACAGCUGGCUUGAGUGGUGCCCAUGGGGCUGCCAGCUUCCAUCGUGUGAUCUGCUGAGGCCAAAGCAGAGGACAGCAGCCCAGGCCCGACUCUGCAGCAGGGUGGGGGUAGGGGUGGGCUUGGGGGUGGGGAUGGGGAUGGGAGCCGCCAAUGCAAACUGGCCCCUGGCUGGUUUCCUACCCUGCACCCUGCCAUGCAAGGCCUCCUCUCCCACCCCUACCCCUGUCUGUCCCACCUCCACCCCUAGGCUGUCCCCCACCCAGGCUCCAGAAGUCUCCCAGGAUCCAGGAACUAAGGGCAACCACUGGGUUCCACAGCCCCUAGUCCAUGGGUCAGCCACCCCUCUGUGUGCUGACAAACCUUGGCUCUCACGCCCCACCCCAAGCCAACCACAGAGCCCUGUCUCCCCACCAGCAUUAUUACCGCCUCCUGAUUUUGGCCCUGACAGCCCUGCUUCCUGGUAACCUUGCCCCCUCCCACCCUGCUCCUGGCAAGCCCAAAGGCCAGCGCCCUCCACCCACCCUUCCUGGGGGCCACUCUACUAUCUCCUUGCCCAGAUGUCUUAACCUGGCUUUACCAAGCUAGAAUAAAUAACAGGGAUGAGGCCCCGGACUCCGCCAGGAAAAUGUGCCAAAAUACUCCAUUUAGAAGCGGGAACAGUGAUGGGGCCUAUGAAUGACCCCAGGAUUGUCACCCAAGCAGCAAGAAGAGCAAGGAGACCGGUUUCCUGCUCUUACCCGGGGAGGACGUGGCCAGGGCUCCACAAGGCCUUGGAGAGGGGUGGGUAGGAGAGCAGAUCCACCCUCCUCUUGAGGAAGCAACCACCACCCCCAGGAAGCAGCAGAUGGUGGCACACAGGCAGAGUCCCCACGUGCUGUAGAGCAGGGCCAGCAGAUCUGUACUCAGCCUCAGCCCCAGGGGAGCUGCAAGAUAGACUGAGACCCUCACAGAUUGGGCUCUGUGCCCCCACCCAAAUCUCAUCUGGAAUUGUAAUCCUCCUGUGUCAAGGGAGGAACCUGGUGGGAGGGGAUGGGAUCUGGGGACAGUUUCCUCCCUGCUGUUCCCCUGAUAGUGAGGGAGUUCUCAGGAGAGCUAAUGGUUUGAAAGAGUGGCACUUCCUGGUUCUUCACUCACUCCCUCCUGCCCCCUUGUGGAGAAGGUGCAUGCUUCCCCUUCGCCUUCUGCCAUGACUGUAGGUUCCCUGAACUGGGAGUCAAUUAAACCUCUUUCCUUUAUAAAUUAUCUAGUCUCAAGUAUUUCUUUAUAGCAGUGUGAAAACAAACUAAUAACCCUCCCUGAGGCACCUUCUCCUUAGGCAACCAGCUGUCUCCAUGCUCCUCCUCUGCCCCCUGUUCUUUCUUUUCCCCUCAUGAGGCCCAAGUGAUAAACAGGGCCAGCCCCAGCCCCAGCCCCAGCCCCAGCCCCGUCCUACUGCAGGCCUGUGUGGCUGCUGGAGAGGCCAUGCUCCUUUCCUCUCCCCGAGCCUGCCUGAUACGCUUUCUGGAUCCUGGAGGAAACUGACCCACUAUUCUCAUACUGGUGCAACAUCACCAGUAUGAGUACCAGUCUUGGUACAACUUCCAAGACUUCAAAGCUGUACCAUUUGAGCCAGGCUUUUUUCUUGUCUCCACUUGCUAGGGCUGUCGUUGGGACAGCCCUAGAGGGUGGUGCCAAUGGAUGAAUGGAUGGAUGGACAGUAGUCCAGGGAUGAUGUCCCUGUCUAUCCUGAACUCGGCCCUUCCUCCAAUGAGAAGCCUUCCUGAGUGAGUAUAUUCAAUCAUCCCUUGGUAUCCAUGGAGGAUUAGUUCUAGGUUCCCUCGGAAUGCCAAAAUCCAUGGAUACUCAAGUCUCUGAUAUAACAUGGCCUAGUAUUUACGUAUAAGCUAUGCAUAUCCUCCCGUAUACAUUAGACCAUUACUAGAUUAUUCAUGAUGUGUAAUACAAUGCAGAUGCUACAUGAAUGGUCGUGAUACUGUAUUCUUUAGGGAAUGAUGACAAGAACAAAGUCUGCACAUGUUCCAUAGAAACAUAACCAUCCAAUUUAUUUUCUGAAUAUUUUCCAUCUGCUGUUGCUGAAUCUACAGAUGCAGAGCUCCUGGAUACGAGAGUGAAGUGUGCUUUGAGAGUAGGGUGGGUGAGGUUGCUAAUGAGUACAGGGGAGCAGGUGUUGAUCGGGAGGACCCUGCACUGGGGCAUCUGGACGUCCUGCCUCAGGACUUGAGACUCCAGUUGGAUGGCAAAGGCAGACUCAGCCCAGGUCAAAGCCGUCCCCUUGAAGUUUCAUUUUAUCCCAAGCUCUUUCUGGACCCUGGAAUUUGGCAUCCCCUAGGCCCUGCGUGGAAGGACAGCUGAACCAGGUUUUAGAUAACAUGUCUAGAAGAGUGAGCUCCUAGUGUGUGCCCGGCACUUUCCCCACAGGAUCCUCUAGCUAGAUUAUCCAAGGGUCAUGGAGAGAAAUACCCAGUUAAAAUAUCAGAAAUGAAGAAGUGAUACCAUUAGAGACACUAAAAAGACCAUUAGGUAAUAGUAUUAGCUUUUAUAUUCUGAGAUCCAACAGCAGCAGUCACUUCCCUCCACCCCUAUGUGUAUCCCAGGACCACCCUGGGCAGGGAGGGCUGAAGUUAGGGAGCACCCAUGGAUGCUCUGAUGCUGGCCCUGGGCCUCAGGGGUGACAGUGAUGAGGAACUGGGUGCACACAUGAGUGGGGCAGCCGGGCCUGGCCAGAGAAAACACACACGUGUACAGACGUGUUUACCCACAUACACAUGUGCACGCACGUGCACAAACACAUCGCAGGCAGGCAUGUUGACGCCUCAGGCAGCGGAGGACCCUGACUAUGGGCCCUGCUGACCCGGGCAAGGCCCCAUUGUGAUGCGUGCCAUGACCUCAGAAUGUCACUGGUGCUUAGCACCUAUCCGCUCUCUGGCCUGCCUCAGUGUUCUACAGCAGUUACACACAGGCAGUGGUAUCUGUGAGCAGCUCUGUGGACUCAAAGGUUUUCUCCCUGAGAGGCAUAACCCAGGCCAGCUGAUUCAUCAGAAUCAGGUGAGUGUGACCUGCUCUCUUCCCUCCAGGUUGACUUGGGGACAGUGGUUACAGUGUGGGCGGUGUUAGCGUCUGUGGGGCAGCUACCGAGGAGGGUCAUCCCUGAGCACUCACCAGGCGCCCGUUCUACACUGCCCGUGUAGACGAUUGGCUCUUUCGUCCUCGUGGUGGCUUCGUAGAGUGGGUGCUGUUCCCAAAUGUACCCAUUCGACAGAUGAGACGUCUGGGGUCAGAGAGGCAGUAACCGGCCUGGGAAUCCAGACGUGACCCUGAGUUUUGCUCUCAGCCCUGCCGUGUGCUGUGCUGGAAUUCAGGCCUGAACCCUGUGACCUCCCUGCCCUAGAUCCCAAAUCUCCCCAGGUUUCCGAUCCCGAUGGGGCAGAGCCUGGUCCUGGCAGAUCUAUACCCACUGGUAUAGAUCCACUGUGGGUGGGGUGAAUAGGACGGUCCUCAGAACACCUCUGUGCCCUAAGCUGGGUCCUGAUGGUCGCUGUGGGCCCCACUGAACACACAUGGUCCCUUGUCCAGGGGAGCCUGCUGCCCUUGGGCAGCUGUGGAAAAUGAAGGAGCCCUGGAGGGCUGGCUGAGGGGAGACUAUCUUCCCUUCUGUUCAAAGGGGUCCAGGCACUAGGGUUCUCCCCAGGUAUUUCUUGCUCUGUGUGGUCCUCUCGAGGCCUCGCCCUCCUUUUGCCCCGAGUAUUCCCAGGAGGGACGGUCCACCCAGGUGUUCUCCAGGACCAAGGACCCACUGUUCUUCCUCAGUGACCCAGGAAAAUGAAGCCUCCUCCUCUAGGGACAGCUCAGAAUGGUGGACUCCACAGUCCCUCUGCGAGAGACGUGGUUUCCAUGAGUACAAUAGAUCUUUUUCAUCCCCAAGCCGAACACCCUCCUGCUCAACAGGCGUUAUUCCUAAAGUGGAUUCACUGUUCAGACUGAAGGGCCGCAGUAGCCAAAGUGAUGAGCGGAGUAGAACCGAGCAGUCAGGAGAGAUCUUGUUCCCUGUAGGAAACGGGGCAUCUCUGUGGCCCUGAGCAUCCCAGGAGGCCGAAUGUACAGAGACUUCUGGUCGCUGAGCCCAGUCUGCCUCCACAUCCCUGGAAUAGCCCAUCAUGGGCCCUUCACCCUUGGCAGGUGGAAACCAUUCAACCUGCUGGGGCAGGUGUGCCCCCAUUUCAUGGCAUUUGGGGACAACAGGAUUCUCUGUGUAGGUCCCACUGUACUCAAGUCCUUGGGAAGAUGCCCACCCCUGCUUGGGACUUGAGACUCCAGAGACUCGAGCAGCUGUGGGCCACUGGGUCUGGCCCCUUUUUACCUGGGGGCCGCAGUGGAAUGGGGUUUACGCAGCCAGCCAGCAUCUGGGAGCCCGGCGGGAGUGGUUCAGGUGUUCUGCGAAGCUGUCAGGUACAGUGUAACCUUUAGACAAUUUUAUCUCACAGGAUGGACACGGUAGAGGACGCAGACAGUUGGUGGGCACAAGAGCGAGAGGACAUCAUUAUGAAAUACGAAAAGGGACACCGAGCUGGGCUGCCAGAGGACAAGGGGCCUGUGCCUGUUGGAAUCUACGGCAACAUUGAUCACUUUGGAAUUCUGCAUGAGACGGAGCUGCCUCCUCUGGCUGCGCGGGAGGCGAAGAAUCGGCGGGAGAUGAGACGGACGAGCAAGUGGAGGAAAAUGCUGGGAGAAUGGGAGACAUAUAAGCACAGUACAAAACUUAUAGAUCGAGUGUACAAGGGAAUUCCCAUGAACAUCCGGGGCCCGGUGUGGUCAGUCCUCCUGAACAUUCAGGAAAUCAAGUUGAAAAAUCCGAGAAUAUACAAGAUCAUGAAAGAGAAGGGCAAGAGGUCAUCUGAACACAUCCACCAGAUCGACCUGGACGUAAGCGGGACAUUAAGGAAGGAUAUCUUCUUCAGGGAUCAAUAUGGAGCCAAGCAGCGGGAACUAUUCUACAUCCUCCUGGCAUAUUCGGAGUAUAACCCGGAGGUGGGCUACUGCAGGGACCUCAGCCACAUCGCUGCCUUGUUCCUCCUUUACCUGCCUGAGGAGGAUGCAUUCUGGGCACUGGUGCAGCUGCUGGCCAGUGAGAGGCACUCUCUGCAGGGAUUUCACAGCCCAAAUGGUGGGACAGUCCAGGGGCUCCAAGACCAACAGGAGCAUGUGGUACCCACGUCACAACCCAAGACCAUGUGGCAUCAGAUCUCUCUCGGGCUCACCCUGCGCCUGUGGGACGUCUAUUUGCUGGAAGGAGAACAGGUGUUGAUGCCGAUAACAAGCAUUGCCUUUAAGGUUCAGCAGACCAAACCCGAGCAAGGGUCCUCGGCAUCCAGGCCUGUGCCGGCUUCACGUGGCGGGAAGACCCUCUGCAAGGGGGACGGGCAGGCCCCUCCAGGCCCACCAGCCCGGUUCCAGCGGCCCAUUUGGUCAGCUUCCCCGCCAUGGGCACCUCGUUCUUCCACACCCUGUCCUGGUGGGGCUGUCCGGGAAGACACCUACCCUGGGGGCACUCGGGAUGUGCCCAGCCCGGCCCUGGCUCAGGGAGGACCUCAGGGUUCCUGGAGAUUCCUGCGGUGGAACUCCAUGCCCCACCUCCCAACGGACCUGGAUGUAGGGGGCCCUUGGUUCCCGCAUUAUGAUUUCGAACAGAGCUGCUGGGUCCGUGCCAUAUCCCAGGAGGACCAGCUGGUCACCUGCUGGCAGGCUGAACACCCUGCGGAGGGGGUGAGAUUGGCUUUCUCUGCACUGAGCCACAACGUGGGCAUGGACUUCCCGGCCCUGCAGUGCACCCAGCACUGAAUUCUACCAGGGCACCCCCUUCAGAGCUAGGGACGAACAGCAGUGCGCUCCCACCUCAGGGCCUUGCCUCUGCUGCCUCCACUUGGAAAUUUCUCAGUUCCCUCCAGGUUUCUAGAAGCCUCUGGGCCAGGGCUCAUGGCUGGAUAAUUUCCCAAGGCUUAACAACCCAAGCAAGCUUCCCAUCCUCGUUUUAUUUUUUGUUAAACUUAUGAAAAUUUAUUAAGAAAGUAUGCAGCUCGAGAGACAUUCAGAGAUGGAACACACCAGCCCCCAGAUCACAAAGUCAACCAUGCCUAGCCCCUCCCAGCACCCCCAGCCCCACGACCAGCGUUCUGAAUUCUGAUGACACCAUGAGCCUGCCUUUGUACUUUAAACUCAUGGAAGGAUAACCACCUUCACGUUUUAAAAUAAAUGUUUCCUGUUGAAUGAUUUUA